GAAAGAGAAUGGUAACUUGGUAGUGUUUAAAAUACAUAUUCAACAUUUUUUCGUUUAUUUUUAUGACUUUUGUACAGUAGUAUAAAUCGUCCACCCUUUGGAUGAAAAGCAAAUGAGUUAUCCGGAUUUUGUCUAUCCGAAACUAAAUCACUAGAAUCAACAUCCGGUAUAAUUUUGGCUUGUAUUUUCGAUUGAUUUCUAGCAAACUUGGUUUACCACUACAUCGUCGCUUAUUAUUAUUUGGUGCAGUAUCAUGUUCCUUAGAUGCAACCGUCCACUACAGCUGGGACUUUGCACAGCAGGUUCAUAUUUCACACCAUAGCGAACAGGUUGGACCCCUGUAUUUCAAAACUGCCAGGAGAUGUGAGGUAUUUGGAGUUUGCUGUGAAGGAUCUGAGAAUCAGGUGUUUUACCUUGGUGAUGAGGGUGUUGCCCCAGGCAAAGGAGCAAACACAGUUGCCAGCUACCUCCACCAUUACCUUGAAAACUACAGCCUGGGUGAGGAACAUGCCCAGUUCCACUUUGACAAUUGCCAAGGACAGAAUACAAAAUAAUGCAGUUCUUGGUUGUGCUGUGUGGAGAACAUUGACGGGAGGGCAUAAGACAAUCCAGUACUCACUGAUGCUAACCGGCCACACCAAAUUUUCAUGCGAUUGGCAUUUUGGAGUUUGGAAAAACAGAUGGAGACACAUGGAUGCAUAG